UGUAGGAGCCAGUGUAGAACUCUUUAGUGCUGGCAGAGGCAGGCUGGAUGUUCCUGUGGUAGGCUAUCAAGGCAUGGUGGAACUAGUGCAUAGCCUAAGAUCCCCCCAAUAAUAACAUAAUUUACCAGUGACCAGUCUCCGUUCUAUAACAGAUCGAAACUCGACAAGAUUUUGGAAUUGCGGAAUUUUACAGAAAGGUCUGUGUGAGUGUAAACACGGUCCCCAUCAUGUUGUCCCGCUGCUCUCUGGCCUUGCUGCUGUGUGUGGCCGGCCUGUCACUGCCCUCUCGGGCCCUGCCUUUCGAGCAGAGAGGCUUCUGGGACUUUGGAAUGGAUGGCGACGGGGGUGGGAUGAUGAUGAUGAUGAGGGAUGAAGAGGAGGGCUCCGCGGUUGAGCCAGGCUCUGCUGAGAUCCCCCUCGCCUGCCCUUUUGGCUGCCAUUGCCAACUGCGGGUGGUGCAGUGCUCUGACCUGAGUUUGGUGGAGGUCCCAAAGUCUAUCCCAACUGACACCAAACUUCUGGACCUCCAGAACAACCGCAUCACCGAGAUCAAGGAGAAUGACUUCAAAGGCCUUACAAACCUCUAUGCGCUGUCUUUGGUGCAUAACAAGAUCUCGAAGGUCCACCCGCGGGCGUUCGCGCCACUCCGCCACCUCCAGAAGCUCUAUAUCUCCCACAACCAGCUGCCGGCCGUGCCCAAGAACCUGCCCCCAUCCCUGGUGGAGCUCCGAAUCCAUGACAACCGCAUCAAGAAGGUGGCAGAGGGGACCUUCUCUGGCCUGGGCACCAUGAACUGCAUAGAGAUGGGUGAAAACCCUAUCCAGAACAGUGGAUUUGAGCCAGGAGCGUUCAAGGGACUGAAACUGAACUAUCUGCGCAUCUCUGAUGCCAAGCUCACUGGAAUUCCCAAAGACCUCCCUGACAGCCUUCACGAGCUUCAUCUUGACCAUAAUCAGAUCCAGGCCAUCGAACUGGAGGACCUGAGCCGUUACAAGAACCUGUUUAGAUUGGGCUUGGGCCACAACAAGAUCCGCCAGAUUGAGAAUGGCAGUCUGUCCUACUUGCCCAGGCUCAGGGAGCUGCACUUGAGCAACAAUCUCCUCACUCGGGUGCCCAAGGGCCUGCCGGACAUGAAGUACCUGCAGAUUGUCUACCUCCAUGAAAACACCAUUAGCGCUGUGGAUGUGAAUGACUUCUGCCCCCGACAUUAUGCCACCAAGAGGACCUUCUACAAUGGCAUCAGUCUCUAUGGCAACCCCGUCAACUAUUGGGAGGUCCAGCCUGCCACUUUCCGAUGUGUUUUCGACCGCCUGGCCAUACAGUUUGGCAACAACAAGAAAUAAACAUUUCAGGAUACAUCAAAAAGAGAGGUGCAGAGGUGAGGGAGAGGAGUGGGUGGUACAGAGGAGGAAGUCAAGGGUGGAAGAACACAAGGGACAGGUAGGGAGGAUGAGGAUGAGGAGAAAGUAGUGGAGUGGAAUAGGGACAGAAACAUAGAAGGUCCCCAGUGAUGGGGAGAAGAAGACAAAUAUGACCAGAGACAAAAAAAAUAAAUAAACAGAUGGAUUUUAAACAUUAAGGUUUUGUCACUCUCAAACGAGAAUGUGUCCAGGCUGUGAAUUCUUUUCAAAACAUAAUUUUACCAUUUAAGUUUCAUGAGAUCAUUUUCAGAGUUAGAAAAAGAACAAAAAUCAACUGGAUACUUAGUCAUUGUCAUAUACAAGUAGAGUUUAAUUUUUAAAAUUCUCAGCCAGUAUCGUGCAUAAUGUUUAUUUUAUUUCACAUGUUAUUGUAUUAUGGUUGCAAUUUUUAUGGUAAUUAUUGUAAUUAUUAUUAUUAUUAUUAUUAUUAUAGAUGUUUUAAUUAUAAUUAUUGUGUGGUGUAGUUCUGGCCAGGUGAGCUAGACUUAAAUGCCUGAAAAUAGAUGUCUCCUAAGGUGCUCUUUUUUGUCACUUAAUGUUGUUUGUCUUUUUUAGCGGAUGCAUUUCAAAGUAACUUUCCUUCAACAUACUGGCUUUGGGGGGUUUUCUUUAUUGGAAGCCGCCCUGGCUGCCUUUUUUUUUUUAAUUGCUUGUUCUGCCUUAUCUCAAUGCAAUGUGUCUGAACCUCUGUGUUCAAACUCAGCACCACUCCAUGCCUUCACAAGGGGACCACUGGGUUGGUCUCAAGGUUAGGAUGGCCAUGAUGGAAGGAUGGAUCAUUUUGCACAAUGUCACUCGAAACCAAACAGAAAAAAAUGUACUCAAUAAUGUACAAACAGUUGGAUUUUCAGGAAGUGUGACUUUCUUGACUUUGGGACGAUAGUGCCUUUGAUUAUGCCUUUUCUGUAAUUCUGCUAAAGUGCUGCAUGUGAGAAUAAUAAAACCCUUUUCAGCUUCACUUCAGGAGCAGAGGUGAGAUACGAUCUUGGUCUAGAAGCUGUGACAAAUAAAAUGUGUUCACAAUUAAA